AUGGAAUGCUAUAACGAAGCUAUCAGAAUUGAUCCAAAUUAUGCUCAUGCAUAAGGAUCCCCCCCCUCAUUUGUCCAAUUUUCUAGUCUUUUUUUUAUAGGAUAAAAAAAAUUUUCAGGACCUCAUUUGUCCCAAAAUCUAGUCAAAAAUGUUUGCCCCAUUUUCUAGUCUUUUUUGGAUUUUUUCGAUGUCCUAAAUUUUAGUUUAGUACUUUAAAAAAACUAGAAAAUGAGACAAUUGAGGUCCUGAAAUUUUUUUUUUUCCUAUAAAUAAAACUAGAAAAAUAGACAAAUGAUAAAAGACUAGAAAAUUGGACAAAUGAGGGGGGGAUCCUUACAAUAGCAUAGGAAAUAUUUUCUAUAAUAAAAAGAAAUAUGAAGAAGCAAUAAAUGUUGCAAUGAUGCAAUUAGAAUCAAUCCAAACAGUGCACUGUACUAUAGUAAUAAAGGAGCUGCUCUUAAAAAGUUAUGCAGAAGAGAAAAAGCUAUGGAAUGCUAUAAAGAAGCUAUCAGAAUUGAUCCAAUCAUGCUGAUGCAUACGAUGGCAUGGGACUUAUCUUUUACAAUAA